CUCCGUCAGGACCAACUCAGAUCUGUGGCUGACUGACUGACUGAGAGAUGCCUCUGCUGCUGCUCUGCGUGCUUUUCCAGGCUUUGCCUUUGUCUCAAGGGCUGAGUGCAAGAGAUGACCAUCCUUCAACGAAUGUGUCACAGCAGGCAGAUGAUACAGACAACCAGAUUGAUCUCUCAACACUAAGUCUCUCUGAUGGCUGCUCUGGCACGAUCAGGGCUUUUCACCAGAACACUACAAUCGGCGUGACCCUCAACCUUCUGGAUGCUCAGGAAAAGAGCAAGCUUGCACUUCAAAUCUGUGAAAGUUUAGGUUGUGGCCGUGUUUUUGAGCACAACGCAACUGCAGCGGUGCACAAUGGCACUUGUGUUGCAAACUGCAUCCUGAGAGACUCAAAGCUGCACAAAUGCACUACAGCCGCAGAAGGCGACUGCAUGAAUGCUACUGAAGUAACCUGUGAGCACCAUUUGGUCAAAUUGGUUGAAGGACGCGAUCGCUGUGCUGGACGGGUGGAGCUGCUCGAUUCGGGGAAUUGGGGAACGGUGUGCAAUGAUGACUUUAAUGAGACAGCUGGAAACAUUGUGUGUGCCCAGCUGAAAUGUGGCAGUGCAGUAAGACUGGGUUAUUUUGAGGCGGGCCGAGGAGCCAUCCACAUCAGCAAAAUGAAAUGCAAUGGAUCAGAGAGCAGCUUAUGGGAGUGCAGUUUCAACAACAACACUGACAGCUACUGCGGACACAAGAACGAUGCUGGAGUUGUGUGUUCAGGAAGUAUUAAGAACAACUUCACAAACAGCACAACUGUACCGGAGCUGACAACACUGGCAGCAUCAACAGUAGCAAUGGGAGGCAGCACUGGAGUUUCAGGAGCAGUGAUCGGCUGCAUCAUCUUAUCUAUCGCUCUGCUUAUUUUUAUUAUUUUAAAUGUUGCCGUCUGUUUACGUUUCAGAAAAUCAAAAAAAUGUGUGAUUCACCAACGUCACAGCAAUUCACACACAAGUCUGCAGAAUCGGUCCAGUGGAGAAAUCUACCACACACACAAUGCAGGAAUCUACAACACACAGAUCACCCCAGCUGCCAGAAGCCAGCAGUAUGAAAGUCUUGGCCCCAGAAUGAGCUCAAACUAUGGGAGCAAAUUCAGCCGGAGAACAAACGAACCACCUCACAACCUUGACAGAUUGUCUGAUUCAGACUAUGAGCCUCACAACACAGACGAACUGCAAACGCUGCACCUGAACUCACAGAGAGAUAUGAAUGAUGAAGGCAGCACAUGCUCAGGAGACAGACAUCUACACAACGUGGAAAUCAACAUCAGCACCUUCAUGUCAGGUGAUAAACCUCCACUGACUUCUGAAGCCCCUUACACGCACAAUCAAGCAGUAGAUGUCAAUGAUUCCAGCAGUACAUCUUCUGGAGAGUUCUAUGAAAACACGAAGACAGACACAGACAACAUGCCAUGUGCGUGCAGGAAACACCAUCAACCAUUGCUGUCUUAUGAUGACUGUCACUUACGCCAACUGGAAAAUAAAGUAGAUGUGAAUGAUUCAAGCAGCACAUCUUCUGGCGAGUUCUAUCAAAACACAGAGACUGACAUAGAAGACAGUGCCAAGCCUCCUGAGAGAACACCAAAAUUGCUUGAAAAGACACCAUAUGCAUCUCUGGCUUAUGGUGACCAUCAGUUACCAGGCACUCACAGUAACGGGGAUGUGAAUGAUUCAGACAGUACGUCUUCUGGCGAGUGCUAUCAAAACGUCGAUAUCAACACAGAUAAUCCCCAGAGUGAAGACGAGGAAAGCCCAUCAUUUCCUGAGCUGUCAGUCGAGAUUCCGCUGACAGGAAACACUGCUGGUUACAGCGGCUGUCAUGUACCUGCCGCACACACUCAAGAUGGGAAUGAUUCAGACAGUACUUCAUCAGAGGAGUGCUAUCAAAACAUAGAGAUCGAUGAAAACGCCUUUCUCCAUUAUGGUGAGGAAAGCCCAUCGCUUCCUGAGACGUCUUUUCAAAAUCCACACUUUGCACAGAUGACAGAAAGUACUCACGGUUACAAAGACCCUGAUCUACCCAGAAGCCUCAGCCAAGAAACAGAAAACAGCAGCACAGCAUCAGAGGCUUCAUACGUGAACGUUCCACCUAAAACACAAAGAGAGGACAAUUCUGCUGAUUCUUCAGAUCAUGACUAUGAUGAAGUAGAAGACUGGUGAAAUCAGAGACACAACUGCAAGAGAUCUUUCCUAUAGGAGAGCAGGUGGACACCGAUUAGAUGAAGCAGUUCAUGCUCUGUGUUUCCCACAAACCCACUUGAGCUGCGGUUGUUCUCUGAGGUGUGAGAGCGUCAGAAUGGAGAUCCAGCUGCACUGACAGGCGUACGCACGAACACCCACUCUCCUCCUCAGAUGCACCUUCAGCUUGUGGUAAUCCGGCAUGUUGUUCCUGA